GACACCUGGGCGUGUAGUCCGAGCAGGUAGUUUCGACACUGCGCUCGCGCUAUUCAGGUUGUCGCUCUGCUUUUCAUGGUGAAGCUUCAACGAGACCACGGAAGAAGAAGCAACAGGGACACAUUUGGAGAAUGGGGCAGCGGCUGAAUCAGAAACAUAGAUGACUAUGUCCCAAACCUGCUGAGAGCUCCUUGAAAAAAAAUGCAACCAGGAGGUCCUCCCGCUCCUUCACCUCCUCCUCCUCCACCACCACCACCACCACCACCUCCUCCUCUCGCCCCUGGCCUCCCUCCAUCCCUACAUGGCGCUGGCCUCAUUGCCAAGGGGGUGAGCCGGCGCUCCAGGAUGCGCAAUUUCAACUGGGAAACCCUUCCUAAACACAGUGUGGUAGGAAAGCACAACAUCUGGACCGCAGAUAAGACUGACGGGGAAUAUGAGCUGGACACUGAUCACAUGGAGGAGUUGUUCAGCCACAAGCAGAACCAGCAACAAGUCAAGGCCUUGAACCGCCAGAGUAUGAGGGGCCUGCCGACUGCUGCCUCAGGAGGCGUAAUGGUUUCCAUCCUCAGCUCCAAGAGCAGCAUGAACAUUGGAAUUUUCCUCAAGCAAUUCAAGCGGCCUACAAAAGACAUGAUUGAAGAAAUCAAAUCAGGAAGUAGCCUUAGUUUUUGUUCUGGAAAACUAAGGGAGCUGUGCAAGCUGCUGCCAGAUGAAGGGGAGGUGAGGCAGCUGGUCGGUUUUAAGGCUGACCACUCCACUCUCCCCGAAGCAGAUCUGUUUAUGCUAAUGCUGGUCAAGAUUCCCAGCUAUGAAGAGCGUCUUAACAGCUUGGUGCUCAAAGAGGAAUUUUUCCCCCUCAUGAAUGAAAUAAAAGAAUGCAUUGGCACUUUGACAGCAGCUGGAAAGGAGCUGUUGGAGUCUGAUAAUCUCCAUUCUGUCAUCCGGCUGGUGCUGAAGACUGGGAAUUACAUGAAUGCUGGUGGCUAUGCAGGCAGUGCAAUUGGCUUCCGAAUGGCUUCUUUGUUAAAGCUAGUGGACACCAAAGCAAACAAACCCGGAAUGAAUCUCAUGCAUUAUGUUGUCAUGCAAGCUCAGAAGGCAGAUGUGGACCUGCUUAAAUUCACAGACCAACUCGAACACAUCGAAGCUGCAGCAAGAAUGAAUAAAAGUGAAAUUGAAGCAGAGUUUGAAAAACAGGUGAGGAAGGUUCAAGCUGCCAAAGUGGACACCUUGAAGCAAGAAGACCUAAAGGCGCAGAUGGAGGAUUUUUUGAAGGAGGCUGAGGUCUGCUUGGCAGAAAUACAGACUGAUCUUCAGGAAUUGCAAUCAGUGAGUGACUCUGUGGCAGAGUACUUCUGUGAAAACCCAAACAAGUUCAAAUUGGAGGAGUGCUUCUCCAUUUUCAACUCCUUUUGUGAGAGAUUUAUGCGUGCCAUGCAGGAAAACAAGGCUCACGAGGUGGCAGAGGUGCAGCGGAGACACAGAGACCGAUUGCAGAGCGCUACCAAACGUAGGUCCACAGCUACCUGCUCCAGUAGAGACAAGGAAAUGGAUGGAAUUGCGUUGCAGUCAAUACUACAGAACUUCCUGACAAAGGGUGUCUCUCGGAGGAGACCCGGAAGGCCCUCAUCCACUCAUGGAAGCCCCACGGAUGGCAGCCCCAACAACGGGAGCCUAUCAGAAAUGAUCUCUCAGGUAAACCUCCCCACUGGAAAACAAAUCAGAAGGGCUAAUGACAUGGGCAGAAAAGAGUGGAAUUCAGCAGUUGAACUCACAGAGAACUUUUCACAAAAGCAAGAUCAGUCUAAUGGCGAGGAAAACAAGGCAAAAGGUGGCAUUCCUUAUGAACAAAGGGGUAAAACCUCAAAAAAAGAGGACUCCAGAGGUCUGACACACCCAGCCAACAGGACCACCGUCAUUUCCUUCUCAGGCAAAUCUUUCUCAGCUGCCACUGAUGAUAUUGAGGAAGAUCUACAGGAUAAUAGUGAGGAGGAGGCUAAAAAGUUGCGUGAAGCAUCUAAAAAAGUUUUGCGCUUUCAGAACAGCCGCAGCAGUGUCUCAUCUGAUGACUGUUCUCUGGACAAUCAGAAAUCUCCUGGUCCAAUUACCACCUUACCUCGUCAGCGCACCUUCGAUGAGGACACUCAGAGAUAUCCCGAAGACUCCACCAAUGAGGAUUUUGUUAAAUAUUUGCUAAGUCCUCAGUCUUCAAAACGUAACCUUGACCGGCGCCAUACUCUACCUACCAAAGUCCCUAAAACUGAGGAAGAGGAAGACAAUCUUUGCGCUAUGCCUCCAGUCAGAACUCCUAAUUCUGCGGCAAGAGAAAAAGGGCCACUGCCAGCAGAGGGUGCUGGACAAAAUCCCUCUAAACCAGUGUUUGACUUUACUGACACGUCUCACAACUUUCAAAAAUCUGGUGCUCAAGACCAGAAUUCUCUAUCGGUAGAAAAGACAAGCAAGCCAAAUAUCGCUGUAACCCAUGUUACAGAUGAAGGUCUUGGGGAACAAAACAAAGUCGGCAAAUCUGUGGAUUCCACGGACAACCACUCACAGAGGAUUGGUGAACAUGUUCCCCCGAAAAGUCCAUGGAUUAAGACUGAAAACUCUGGACUGUUUUUUAGCUUUUUAAAACGCCUCGGAGACAUGAGUAAACCGCCAAGCAGCAAAGAACCUGUCCAUAAGGGCACUGAUUCUGGUGUGUGAGCAUAAGAUGUAUCACAUUUAAAGGUCAGGGAAGCGCAUGUAACUUUAGUAUUACUUGUAAUUAACUCAGCAUGGUGAUGAUGUAGUGUUAUAUUUAAUGUUACCAUUGUAAAUUGAUGAAGAGGUCAUUAGGAAAUGGAGAGACUGUUUAAGUAAAGUGGUUGGAGAAUGUUUAUGUUCAGGAAGGCCAUCUUGUACCACUAGAGGGCAGCAUAGAACUAACAGUACACUAUUGCUCAGAAAAUAUGGGUGUUGUUGAUUUCCAGACAAGGUGUACAGUGCCAUGUAAACAAAAGAACAAUAGGCACAUUUUUUAUUCCCGAUAUUACCUUGACGGCAUUGUCCUCAUCAGUUGGAUAAAUAGUGGAAUAGAGAGCGUUUUUUUAAAAGACUGAAUGUGCAGCCUUGCAGAAUAUAUUGAGAAAGUAAAUGAAUGUGAGAUCAUAAAGAGAUCUGUAUCGAUAUGUAAAAUCUGUUUAAUUUUAUUUUUGUUGAUACUUUGAUAAAUGACUUGUAAUGCAUGCUUGAAUUCAAUAAUGUUUUUCAGUUUUACAAUGAUGAAUCUGUUUUUUGCCUCUUUGUGUGCCUCAGUUUUUGUCACAAAAUCAUAUCAGAAGGUUGAAGGCGCAUUCGGGGUCUCACUUAAUUCAGCCAUUGUUUUGAGGUUGAAUGGGCUUGUGUUACAAAGGAAUCUGAGCAGAGCUCCACCAUAGACUGUCAGUGGCAAAGUGAAGUGUGCUAAUUGCAAAUGAACUCGAGAAGAGAUUGCUGUGGCUGAAGGGCAAACGGCUGGUGGCUUUUCAUGAUGAAGGGACAGCCUCCCUGCAUUUCCGACUGUACACUGCUGCUGCCAAUGACAGGCAACGACCCCGAUGUCUCCACUAGCUCGGAGCAGAUACAAGGGGUCAGUGAGGCCACAGCACGUUCCAAUACAUCUAGGAUUUCUAAAUGUAUAGGUUCAAGUACAUCUCUUAGCGGUUGAUAUCAGGGUGACAAUAAUUCACAUCAACUCAAGUGACCUGAAUGGUAUUAAAUAUGUAUAACACCGAGACGCAAAUUUACAGAGAAACAAAUAACAGUCACUAAAUCACAAGUUGUCACAUUGUUCUUUGUAACGUUAUCUUUUACACAUUUCUUUUUAAGAGAAUCACUUCAGGUCAAAAGGCAACUGCAUUACACAUUUAUAUUCCCCAAUAAAA